AUUCUAGCACUCAUCAUCAGUCAACAAUACAAAAGAAUUUUACGAAUUUUGAACAAUUUUAACAUAAAACAAAAAAAUGAACAGAAUAAUUCCAAUUUUUGUAAAACUUUUGCUACUCCUGCUGACAUUGAGCAACUGCUGUGACGGCCUGUUCGAGGGGCGUUUCAACGAUCAGCAUGUCACAUAUUUGCAUGCAGGCGUGCCGCAUGUCCAGGACGCCUUGACAAUGCUGCAGACGUUCUACUCACAGAAUCGCAUACACAUCUAUUGCCGUCGUGAUCAGCCGCUGAAGAUGCGGAAUAUCUUUCAGAGCAAUCGACUGCUCUUGAUGACCCAAGCGCCGAGCGCUAAAUACUCGCAGUACAAGGCGCCCACGGCACAGGGUGUUUACGAUGCGCAUCUGGCGCACAAGGAAUGCUUUGAGGGUAAAUUUCUGAGCGGACGGAAUAAAGGGCUGCACUAUAUCUCGCUGCCAGCCCAUGCGCACUAUUGCUACGGCAUCUUCACGGAUCAGGCGUAUAAUCUAACGCUGCUGCAGGAUCGCUGCGAUACGGAGCGUGUGGCACGCUUUACGCUCGGCUUCAUCAUGUGGCUGAUCGAGGUGGCUACCUCGCUGAGCGAGUCCCUGAUAUGCGUCUACAGCGUGGCCGCCUUGAUGGGCAUUCACCUGGCCAGCGUGGUCGUGGUUUGUGUCGCCCUCUUCUAUCAUGGCGAUCGCAAGCUGAGCAGCAUCCAGCCGGUGAGCACGAACUUCAAGCUGGUGCUCGAGCAGUAUCCGACGAGCGUGGCUGUGGCCCUCGUCGGCGGCGUCUUUAUUCUGGUCAAUUUUUGCCAGGAUCAUCACAGUCUGUGGCGCCACGCCUGGGUGCGUUCUUUGUUUCGUCGAUUUAUGCGACUUCUGGCCUGUCUGUUCAUCAUGAACGCCUCGAAUAAUUCCGUGUUUGGCUGGUUAUGCCUUACUUGCCUGAUGCCCUGGCCGGAGCUGUGGUGGCUGCUGCAGUGGCUCCAAUUGAAAUUGAUCAAGUUUCAGCGGCAUCUGCUGCCGCCCGCAUUCAGGCGCCUGCUCAGCGAACGUGAAUUCGAGGCGCAGGCGGGCUACGAGACACAGCGCGCCCUGAGCGAAAUGCGUCAGCGUUUGCGUACGGCAUCGCCCGACUGGGAGCAGCUGGCCCAGCUGCAGGCGCCACAGCAAUUUGCCCAAUUCAUAAGCAGCGGCAUCCACGAGCCGGACCAAUCACUGCGGCGCAUCGGUGCAGAGCCUCACAUGCAGCGUGGUCAGACGGCAGCGCUAACCGGUCCAGUUCCAGCUCCAGCUCCAGGUCCAGAUUCCGAUUUAGAUCCAGAGGCGACAAUGUUACGUCAUUUGGCAGCUGUUAUGGAUAGCGAUUCGACUCAGUCCCUUGACUCCGCCUCGACCGAAUCCCUCUGUAGGCAAUUGCAAUUUGGCUCCACGCGCAGCCUGCAGUGCUAGUCUAGUCUAGCAUGCAUUUGAUAAUUGAAAAGUAAAACCUUCUAAUGGCAAUCGGCUGUCCAUCAGAAGCAGAAAAAUAAAUGUAAGGCGACUGCCUUCAGGCACACACGACACACAAAUUGAAUCGAACCAAAACAGAAACAA